AAAACCGUCUUCGUAUAUACAGUCAUCAGCACUUUUAGUUUUAUUUCGACUUUUUCAAUUUUGUUUCUUGAACGUUUUCAGCAGAGUACGAGUGGUGUGUAGGCUGGCUCUGUAGACGCUGACCAUUGGCAUUGUUGUUGAGAACAUUCCAAGUCGUCUAUUACCCACCAGGAGCAAUCGUACACGUACUUCUAAAUGCAGGCCCACAGUUGAUGGCGUAUUAAUAUUUGGAGUGCAGAAGUAUUUGCUGCUGAUGGCAAUAGUGAAUCAUGGAGGGUGAAUCGAUUACUAGUAUUGAGUACAAGAACCGGUGGGUUCCUGAGCUCUUUGUGUCCUCCGGAACAUACUGCAUCACCUUAUUGAUGUACCCUUUGCUGAGGAGUUUAUCGCCAUUUGACACAACCCUGGGAAAUGCUGCCCUGCUUGUAUCUCUGCUGUUCGUCAUACCCGGUGCUAUUCUGGUUUUGUGGAGGAAUUGGGAAAUGUGGUAUGUUAGCUUUCUAGCAGGAUUCCUUGGCUGCUGCACUUCUAUUGGCAUACAAGUAGCAACAGUGGGUUAUGACACACGACUAUUCUACCUCGGCUGCUACAUCAUAGCCCUGUCCUUCUUUCAUCAGUCCGAGUAUGUCACAACCGCUUUGUUUAACCCUCACCGCCUGUCGCUCGACUCGUAUAUUCUCAACCACAGCAGGGAGUAUCACAUUGCUGCAGUUGUCAGCUGGACUGAAUACAGUUUGGAGUCUUGGCUUGCUCCGUCACUCAAGACCUACCACUGGCUGGCUCUGCUUGGCUUAGUUCUGGUUGCGAGUGGGGAAUUCCUUCGAAAAGCAGCCAUGUUCACAGCACGCUCUAACUUCUCCCAUAUUGUUGCAUUUCGCAAGCGCUCUGACCAUGAGCUUGUGACGCACGGUGUGUACUCCUUGUCGCGUCAUCCGGCAUACAUGGGCUGGUUCUACUGGAGCAUUGGAACACAAGUUCUCUUGUGCAAUCCCGUGUGUACCGUGGCCUAUGCUGCCGCAUCUUGGUCGUUCUUCAAUGAGCGCAUCGAGGAGGAAGAAAUCGCCCUGCUGAAUUUCUUCGGCAGGCACUACGUGGAGUACCAACAACGUGUUGGAACUGGCCUCCCGUUUAUUUCUGGCCACUUGCCACGGAGAGAGUAAUCGGAGUGGAUGGCAAGGUCAGCAACGUAAUUUUUCUCUCACUGCACUACAGGUGUGGUGUAUUGAAGUUGCUUUUAUUCUGUCUCUUGCACUCCGUUCUAUUCUCUCCUUAGGUGUAAAAACUCGCGGGGAAAGGUAUUGGCCCUCUCUGUGUUUCUGUAGAGAUCUCGUUCUUUAUAGUUUAGAUGCAUGGGCUGAGGGCACCCUCAGUAGCACACAUGUGCAUGCCUGCUUUUCAGGCUGCUACUUGAAAGUUUCUAGUAUGUAGUCCUUGCUCACCUGGUGUGAUUGUGGCAAGGGUAUCACCCUUGGACAUGUUUUGGAAUUAACGUCUACAUAUUCUGUACAAAGGUCUUGCUCUAUUGUACCUAAGGAUUGUAUUUAUAGUGUCUUCUUCCUUUUAGUCGCAUGGGGGUACAUUGUUCGUCUUGAGAUUUCUGGGCUAACUUCCAAUGAAAGACCUUUGAAGUGUUAUUUAUAUGCUUAUUGCUUCAACACUCAAUGAUCAAAGUAUAUAUUGCAGCAUGAUGUUGCCUUUCCUCUUUCUCCCUUUUUCACAGCGCAUUAGCGCAUUAUCAGAGGUGUACUCCACACCACACCGGUCCGGUACUGGUAUCACCAAACGGAUAUGCUCAUACUAGUAGAAAUACUUUGAGGGACAAUGUACAUGCAUAAUGGUGUACUUUUGAAAGUGGAAGCACAUUUUUAAACUACUACUAUGCCGAUCAGGUUUUUCUCCUGGAUCCAUUGUUGUGCACGCUGUGCAUAUGGCACAUGUUUUGUCAGUUUUGUGUUAGCCUACUCGAACAUUG